GCUGUUGAUUGGUGGAGUGUUGGUGUUCUUAUGUAUGAAUUAUUAACUGGAGCAUCACCAUUUACAGUUGAUGGAGAGAAGAAUUCUCAAGCAGAGAUUUCUAGGAGAAUAUUAAAAAGUGAGCCACCUUAUCCACAAGAAAUGAGUGCACUGUCAAAGGAUAUUAUUCAGCAUCUUUUGAUGAAAGACCCCAAGAAGAGGCUAGGUUGUGGUCCCACUGAUGCUGAUGAGAUCAAACAACAUCCCUUUUUCCAGAAUAUGAAUUGGGACGAUUUAGCUGCCAAAAAAGUACCAGCUCCAUUUAAACCAGUAAUCAGAGACGAGUUGGAUGUCAGUAAUUUUGCAGAAGAGUUUACAGAAAUGGAUCCAACAUAUUCUCCUGCAGCAACCCCUCAGACGUCAGAAAGAAUAUUUCAGGGGUAUUCUUUCGUUGCACCGUCUAUUUUGUUUAAACGCAAUGCAGCUACAGUAGAUCCUCUUCAGUUUUAUAUAGGGGAUGAGCGGCCUGGAACUACAACUAUUGCCAGAAGUGCUAUGAUGAAGGACUCUCCAUUUUAUCAUCAUUAUGAACUGGAUCUGAAAGAGAAACCUUUGGGAGAAGGAAGCUUUUCCAUUUGUCGAAAGUGCUUACACAAGAAAACUAGCCAAGAGUAUGCAGUAAAAAUAAUUAGCAAAAGAAUGGAAGCCAACACCCAGAGAGAAAUAACAGCUCUGAAACUCUGUGAAGGACACCCGAAUGUAGUGAAGUUACAUGAAGUUUUUCAUGACCAGCUUCACACAUUUCUAGUAAUGGAAUUGCUGAAGGGAGGAGAAUUGCUUGAGCGUAUUCAGAAAAAGAAACAUUUCAGUGAGACUGAAGCCAGUCAUAUUAUGCGCAGACUUGUUUCAGCAGUGAGCCAUAUGCACGAUGUGGGAGUAGUCCAUAGAGAUCUGAAACCUGAGAAUUUAUUGUUUACAGAUGAAACUGAUAAUUCAGAAAUAAAAAUAAUUGACUUUGGCUUUGCUCGUUUAAAACCACCUGAUAACCAGCCUCUUAAGACUCCAUGUUUUACUCUUCAUUAUGCUGCCCCAGAGCUCUUGAAUCACAAUGGUUAUGACGAGUCCUGUGAUCUGUGGAGUUUGGGGGUCAUUUUGUAUACAAUGCUAUCAGGACAGGUACCAUUUCAGUCUCAAGACAAAAGUUUAACAUGUACCAGUGCACUGGAAAUUAUGAAGAAAAUAAAAAAGGGAGAAUUUUCUUUUGAAGGAGAAGCUUGGAAAAAUGUUUCUGAGGAGGCUAAAGAGUUAAUUCAAGGACUUCUAACAGUGGAUCCAAACAAAAGAAUAAAAAUGUCCAGCCUGAGAUACAAUGAAUGGCUUCAGGAUGGGAGCCAGUUGUCAUCCAACCCUCUAAUGACUCCUGAUAACUUAGGCUCUUCAGGAGCUGCAGUGCAUACGUAUGUCAAAGCCACUUUUCAUGCCUUUAACAAGUACAAAAGGGAAGGAUUUUGUCUCCAGAAUGUUGACAAGGCACCUCUUGCAAAGAGAAGGAAAAUGAAAAAAACGAGUACAAGCACAGAGACACGUAGCAGCUCCAGUGAAAGUUCACAUUCUUCUUCCUCUCAUUCUCAUGGUAAAACUACACCUACAAAGACACUGCAGCCAACAAACCCCACAGACAGCAAUAACCCAGAAACCAUCUUCCAGUUCUCUGAUUGAAAAUCAGAGAAUACCCUGUCUUGAAGAUUUAAGUGGUCAUAAACUUGGUAGUACCUAUAUUGUCUUCUCCCACCCAACCUCCCUGUGGCUUGCAGGCUACAGGAAUGUGUCUGUCGCUUUAAAAGUAUAUUUCAAUCAUAUCUUUUUAGCUUUGUAUUUCAAUACAUUUCUUGUUAGCAUUAAGUUUGGUAUCACUGGAUAUAGUAUAAUACUAUUAUACAACCAACAUUGUAUUCUCUUAGGGCUAAAUUACUAUUGUGCAGUGAAGCUCAAGGUCAGGAGCUAUGCUGCUCAUGGUACAUCUUGGAGGAAGUCUGUUUCUCAGUGUCAAUCUUCCUCACAGUUUCUUCCCCAGUGUUCAAAGAGAGGAAAGCUCUGUAACAUGUAUAGAACUCUUGAAACUUCUGCUUUUACCCAGCUUUGUGAAGAAUGUCAUAGAAUUUGAUUCUUCAUGCAUGUAGAAAAUCAUUGGUACAAUGCACCAAAGCAGUAUUGUACUUUAAGGCCUUUUAAAUUUGUGGUUACAUUUUAUCCCAUUUAUUUGAAUUUUAAGAGCAAAAUGAAGUUAUGGAACU